AUGAUAGAAAGUUCUUUAACUGCUAAGUAUAUUCUUAUGAGCGACAAGCUUAGAAAUAAUACACUUUCUGACAACAAAUUAAAAUUAAAAUACAAUAAUGUACAUAAAAAUGAAAUGAUAGAUUAUGAUGUUAUAGAAAAUUUUUGUAAUAUUCUAAAAGACAAUAAAUCUUUUAAAGGUGUAUUAGAUAUAUCUUAUAAUAACUUGAAUGAAAUAAAUUUGUUUAAUAUUAUGUGUAGUGUUUAUGAAAAUAAAAAUAUCAUAGGAUUAAAUAUUAAAAAUAAUAAAAUAAGCAAAAUGAUAUUUAAUAAAAUUUUAUUAAUUUUAGAGAAAAAUUAUUUAGAAUAUUUAAAUAUACAAAAUACAUAUAUAAAUACACAAGAAAUUAAAAAUAUUAUUUUUACAGCUUUAAAUAAAAAUAUCAUAUCACUUAAACUUCCAUAUCUCAACAUUGAAAACUUUCAAUUUCUUAUACAUAAUUUAAAAGACAAUAAUAGUAUAAAUAAACUCUAUUUUUUUAUAUCUUAUAAUAAUCAAGGAUAUAAAAAUUGUAUUGUGGAGGAUGAAAAUGUAAUUAAUAAUUAUGAGGACUACACAAAUAACGUCAAAGAUUUAUUUAAAGAAUUACUAACCGUCAUUGAAAAAAAAACAAACAUAAAAUGUGUUAAGUGUGAUGCAGAUUGUCAUGAUAAAGAACUAAAUGAAAUUAUAUCUUUUAUUAAUUCGACUUGUGAAAAACAUAAAAAUAAUCUUGAAAAAAUUCAUAUCAUCAAUGAUAAUAAAAUGCAAAUAAAUUCUUUCGAAAAAAUGAAAUUAUUAAUAUCAGAUAUUAACGGGAAAGGAAAACAUAUUGAAAAAUUUGAAAGAGAAGAAAAAAUAGUUCUUGACAAUGACGUGAUAACAUUUCUUGAAAAAAUGUUGCAAUGA